GCAUGACGAGCGGUGGCUGGGCAGAGUGGUGGCUGCCGACGUGCCGGAAACCUUAUCUGGAAAAGCUGCUCUGUUUUGACUCUUUCAGUACUUUCAUCUUUCCUUCACCUUCUCGUUCUUCAUUCUCCAUUUUCUAUCAUGUCCGACGGCACUAUCCCCACCUUUAAGCUCGUUCUUGUCGGCGAUGGAGGUACUGGCAAGACCACCUUUGUCAAGCGCCACUUGACGGGUGAAUUCGAAAAGAAGUACAUCGCCACCCUUGGUGUCGAAGUCCACCCUCUGUCUUUCUCCACCAACUUUGGUACCAUAUGCUUUAACGUCUGGGAUACUGCCGGCCAGGAAAAAUUCGGUGGUCUCCGAGAUGGGUACUACAUCCAGGGGCAGUGUGGAAUCAUCAUGUUCGAUGUUACCUCCCGAAUCACAUACAAGAACGUUCCCAACUGGCAUCGCGAUCUCGAGCGUGUCUGUGAAAACAUCCCUAUCGUUCUUUGCGGCAACAAAGUCGAUGUUAAGGAGCGAAAAGUGAAGACUGGCGCCGUUACCUUCCACCGAAAGAAGAACCUCCAGUACUUUGAAAUCUCUGCCAAAUCCAACUACAACUUCGAGAAGCCUUUCUUGUGGCUUGCGAGGAAGUUGGUUGGCAACCCAACUCUAGAGUUCGUCGCUGCACCUGCUCUUGCGCCUGCUGAAGUGGCAAUUGACACCGCUCUCAUGGAACAAUACAACAAGGAGUUGGAGCAGGCCGGAGCCGUACCCCUGCCCGAAGAAGACGAUGACCUGUAAUCUGUACGCUGACGCAUUUUGUACCUUUUUCACAACUUUUUUUUAAACAAUUAUAACAUCGCCUACAUUUUGUUACUUUGGCUUCUCCCGCGUUGUAUAUUCCUCACUUCAAGGCAGUUCUCGACGUGGAGUUAUUUGGCUUGCUUAGAAGAAUAUGUAUGAUGUGGAAAUG